CGCGGGCCGUUGCUGUUGGCUUGUUGGGUUGUUGUUCGCUCGGCCAGCCCCAGCGACAGCCAGCAACAAGACAACAAGACAAGCAACAAGACAGGCAAGCAGCACAGAUGAUGUCUGGUGGCGGGGAUGCGGAGGGCAAGGUGGAGCAGUUCUUGGUGGAGUGGCUGAGUGAUGACGCAGUGCGAGCCCACUGGACGCACCAGGUGUCCUUGUUGCUGUCAAACCAGUGGACGCUGCAUGCCCAGCCGCCGUCUCCGGUGCCAAGGCCACUGCUGCCGCCAACACACCCGCACUCGCACCACCACAGCCACUCCGCGGGGGCGCACCGGUCGCCAAACAGCACCAGCAACAACAGCAGUGGCAGCAGCACGGCCUCCGGCCAUGCGCGCACGCACUCGCCAACAUCCAUCCUGGGUGCCCGGCGUAACCACCAACAAGGCGACGGGGACGACGCUCGCAAGGAGAAGGAAGAGCAGCGCGCUCGCAUGCGACAGAGGCGGCGGCAGCUGAAGCGGGAAGGCGCCAUCACCACCAGCGACGAAGAGGAUGGCCCACACGCACAGCCGUCCCUUGUGCAGGUCAACCAGGAGCGAUCAGAGAAAGAAGGUGCCUUUGCAGGCAACACGAGUGACGAGGGAGGUGGGGGAGGCGAGGGAGACCGUGACCGUGACAGCGCACAACGUGCAGUGAGAACGGACGAAGAGGAACAGCAGCAACACCAGCAGCAGGCUAGCGCACAGCGAGCACACGAGCGGCAACGCCAGCGGCGCAGCGGCAGUGGCAGCGAUACCGAUGGUGAUGGCGGAUGGGGCGAUGAAGAGGACGAGCAAACGCUGCACGAGGACGACAGUCGCAGGAGAAAGCACGCACAGAAGCAAGAGCAGGCAAACGGAACACAGCACGUCAAAGAGCCAUCGAGUCGCAGAAGCAGUCGCAGCAGUAGUGAUGAAGUGCGCUCUUUGGUGGCAGGGGAAGACCAGGAGGAGGACGAAGAGGCGCGAGCGCAACACCAAGAGGCGCAGUCUCAGAUGGUGGCGAAGAAGAAGAAGAAGACGACAGACGACAGCGGCGGCAGCGGGUUUGUGUUUCCGCAGCUGUUCACGGCGGAGAUUGUGCUGCCAAUUGAAGAGGACAUGAUGAGCGAGGUCGAGUCCGCCUUCUGCCAGGGCGGGACGGUGACGCUGGACGACUUCCAGCUGAUUUGCCGCGUGUGUGGCCUACCCACAUAUUUGGCAGCGGACAUGCUGUAUGCGUGCGCGGUGACGCAGCGGCUCAACAUUGUGAACACGGAGCCCGUCACUGCCGGUGGCCUCGGCGCCGGCGUGACCGAGGACAACCCGAUCCAGCAGCUGCCCGAGUCUGUGCCGUCGUCGGCGUUUGCCGCCUUCUGGAAGCCACUGCGGUCGCGGUAUCCAACGGCGCACGAGAAGGCCAUGCACAUCCUCAACCCGGUGGGCAACACGCUGGCGCCACACCACCUACGCAGGCUCAUCUACUACGUCAUUGAGACGCACCCUGGGCUGGACUUUCUCAUGCAGUCGCCAGAAUAUCACGCGCGAUAUGUGGACACCGUGGUCGCCCGCAUCUUCUACACCGUCAACAGGUCGUGGUCUCGCGCCAUCUCCCUUCGCGAACUGCGCCAGAGCACCUUCCUCUCUGUCCUCACACUCCUCGGCGACGACCCGAACAUCAACAACGAGACGGAGUAUUUCUCCUACGAGCACUUUUAUGUCAUCUACACAUCGUUUUGGAAGAUUGACCGUGACCGCGACCUCGCCAUCACCCGCGACCAGCUCCCAGAAUACGGCGACGGAGGCCUGUCUCCGCUGGCGAUGGACCGCAUCUUUGCGCACACCGUCUUUGCCGAUCCGAACUCGUCCACCACGCACAUGGCGUACUGGGACUUUGUCUUCUUCAUGCUCUCGGAGGAGGACAAGACGACGCGGACGGCGAUUGAAUACUGGUUCCGCAUCAUGGACAUUGAUGGUGACGGCAUCCUCUCAUUCUACGAACUCGAAUCGUUCUACGACCAGCAGCUGCAGCAGCUUGAUGAGAUUGGCGUGGAGGGAAUGCCGUUUGUGGACGUGCUCUGCAUGAACAUCGACAUGAUCUCUCCAAAACGACAAACAGAGAUCAGGCUCUCUGAUAUCAAACGCAGUGGCAUGGCGCCACGAUUCUUCAACACGUUCCUCAACGUGAACAAGUAUCUGGACCAAGAAGAGGGCGACGAGCAGGAUCCGGAGUACGAGGGCGCGAGCGUGUGGCACCGAUUCGCCUCGCGCGAGUACAUCCUCCUCUCCUCCGAAGAGGAUGAACAGAGUGGCGAUGGCGAGCACGACGACGACGACGGUGGUGGUGGUGGUGAUGAUGAUGAUGAUGAUGAUGAUGAUGGUGAUGAUGACUCCGCCCUGCACAGCCCUCUCGUCAAGUACUGAUGGUGUGUGUAUGUGUGUCUCUGUCUGUCUGUCUGUGUGUGUCUGUCUGUGUGUGUCUGUCUGCCUCUUGCGAGUCUUUGCUCGUGCUGUUAUCUUUCUUCUUUCUUUUUCUCGGUUCUCUUGCAAGCUGUGCCUGCGAUGGCGAGAAUUAUGUACACAUGUGCAUUCGAGGCGUUGCUUUUUUUGAUUGUUGGCUUGUGGGGACAUGCGCGGUUGCACGUGUGCGCAAUGAGUACAACAUGAAUUCUUUC